UGUGUAAGGGGGGUUGUUCUAAAGGGUGACGCUUGAGUCCGGUUCUGCACUGCUCACAUGAGGAUAUGCAGAAAGGGGCCCGGUCCAGCCCCGAGCGGAGAAAGGGCCCCGCGCAGGGCCCCCUCAGGGCACUCAGGGCAGUGGCGGCGGAAAGGAACGGUCUCCCUCAGAAGGCAUUGACUGUUGCAGUUGCACCACAAGCAGUGUGGGCCCCCUGCCUCCCAAAAAUGGCCCCCCUGGGACCUUCGGGACCAAGUGGGGGAACUGUGGGAGGAGCUGAGCAAAGCCCAGGAGCGGUUGCAGGAGCUGGAGAGCCACAAAUAGCACCUGGAAUGUGGAAAUCAGCAGCUCCAAGAGCGCCUGGAGCAGCUCCAGAGGGAGCUCAUGGAGCGGUAAAGCCAAGAGAACGACCUCAGUGCCACAGUGGGUGUCAUGGCGGCACCCUCACAGCCGGGCUGGCAGCGUGGGACAGCACUUCUGGUCCUGCACAGUGCAGGGAUUGGG